AUGUGCUACGAGAACCUCAAGGUCACGAUCUCCGCGUUCGACAGCAACAUCGUCAAGUGCAACGGCCGCUACCUCAGUGUCAACGCCAACAGUAUCGGCGCGUUUCUGGUGAUCCCCGUCGACGAGGUCGGCAAGGCCCCCGACAAGGUGCCCAUGUUCCGCGGCCACACGGGCGGCCUCGUGCUCGACACAGACUUCGACCCGUUCCAUGAGAACAGGCUGGCCUCUGCGGGCGAGGACGGCAAGAUCCUGCUGUGGGAGAUCCCGCCAGACUACACUUUUGCCCACGUCGACCCGGACAACAUCCAGGACGUCGCGCCGGUGGCCUCUUUGGCGGGCCAUUCGCGCAAGGUCGGCCACGUCGUCUACCAUCCGGUGGCCGAAAACGUUCUCGCGUCGUCCUCGUUCGACUACAGCGUCAAGCUGUGGAACCUGGUCACCCGGCAGUGCGAGCGCACGUUGCAGCACAAGGACCUCGUGACCAGCUUCUGUUUCAACUACGACGGGUCCAAGAUCGUCACCGCGUCCCGCGACAAGAAGAUCCGCGUCUGGGACGUGCACACGGGCAAGGUGCUGUCGGAGGGCCCGGGCCACACCGGCGCCAAGGCCCCGCGCGUGUGCUGGCUCGGCAAGCACGACAGAUUCGUCACCACCGGCUUCGACAGGUUCUCCGAGAGACAGCUGGGUGUCUGGAAGGCCGAUAACGUCGAGGACGGGCCUGUGGGCGGGUUCUACUCCGUGGACGCGUCGUCGGGCGUGCUGAUGCCGUUUUUCGACGACUCCACAAACAUCCUGUUUGUGGCCGGCAAGGGCGACGGCAACGUGAGAUACUACGAGUUCGACAAGGACGAGCUGUAUCUGAUUUCCGAGUUCCCGUCCACGUCGCCGCAGCGUGGCUACGCCGUUGGGCCUAAGCGGUACGUCAACGUGAGAGAGAACGAGAUUGUGCGCGCGUACAAGCUGCACAACGACAACAUGGUCGAGCCGAUCUCGUUUAUUGUUCCGAGACGCUCGGAAAUGUUCCAGGACGACAUCUACCCGGACGCGCCGGCGGGCGUUCCUGCGCUGACGGCGGAGGAGCUCUUUGCGGGCAAGACGAGCGGCCCGGUUCUGGUGUCGAUGAGAGACCUGUACGAGGGAGUGGGGGAACCUGCAACCUGCGUGGGGGAAAUGCAGGAGAAGGAGCAGGAGAAGGAGCAGGAGAAGGAGCCGGAAAAAGUGGAGCCUGUGCGGCCGUUGCCUGCUGCCCAGCCUGCUGCCGAGCCUGACCUCAAGAACAAGGAGGAGGUGACGACGCUGCUCAACAAGGUGAACGAGAUGUCGGACGACGACACGCAGGAGGUCGACGCGGACGACGAGGAGUGGCAGGAGGUGACGAAGAGGGAGGUGAGAGAGAAGGAGAGCACGGGUGGGGAGGAGGAGGCUGGGGAACCCAAGGAGGCCGAGGUCGAGGAAAAAGCCCAAGAAGCAGUUAAGGAAGAAGCCAAGGAGCCUCAGGAAACGGUCAGGGAAGCAGCCAAGUCCAGUGACGUUGUGUCUGACAAGGAAACUGCAGCUCCGGUUCCUGAACCCGCCUCGUCUACGCCAGUUGCCUCCUCCACCGUUCGAGCUGCUGGAGGCCUCAAAUCCUCCAUGGACAAGCUACACGCCCUUGUGACCCAACUGGAGUCUGCCGUGGACCAGCUCCAGGCCGCCAGCACAGCCAAGGACGAGAGACUGGCCGCCUUAGAGGCCAAGAUCGACCAGCUGCUUGCAAAGAGUGCCUGA